UUUCAGCAUUAAAAUAGUUUAAAAAAUUUGUCAUAUUUGUAAUUGAGUAUAGUACAAAUAUAUGUAAAGAAAAAAGUAAAAGGAAAAAAUAUUGUAUAAUGUUGAAGUUUGUACCUAUUUUACAUGAAAAUCUGAAGCGAUCUGUUACAACUGUUUCUGUUUACGUUGGCAUCUUAAAAAAAAGAAACUAUGCUCAACAGGUUCUUGCACUUUUGAAAGAGUACUACCCUUUUGAUUCUUCAUUAAGUCAUUUAAAAAGAAUCAAAGAGACUGAAGAUAAAAAAGAAUUGUUAGUUAUUAUUGGAAAAGUAUCUUUAAUUGGAAAUCUAAGCUGCUUACUUAAGGAUGAGAGAUUACAACAAUAUAUAGAAAACUUUAUCCAGUGUUUUGUAUCUGAUUCUCCGCCUCUUACUCGACAGCAGUUUCUUGAAGCAUCUAAGUUUUGGCCUGUACAGUUUCACGAAAGUAAAAUAAUGAAAGCAAUUAUUGAGGGGACAAAUUUAAAUGAAGCAGAAAUAAAACAAGGCCUUGAAUAUAUGCAUCUGGUGCAGGAUAUAUUCUCAACGGAAAACAGAUCUGCAGCAGUUAUAGUUAACCCGGUUGAUAAUUCCAUCUUAGCUGUUGCACAUGAUCACACUGAAUCUGACCCUUUAAAACAUGCAGUCAUGGUUGCUAUAGAUAUGAUAGCUUGGCAACAAAAUGGUGGCGCUUAUAAUUUAAAGUAUAGAAAGAAUAAUGAUGGGUUCUGUAUUAUUGAUAGUAAUCAUUUAUCUAACAAUUUAUUAACUUUGAAUAGUAAAGUAUAUGAGAAUUUAAAAAGCGGUUCUGGUGGUGGUGGUUACCUCUGCACUGGAUAUGAUAUUUAUUUGACUCAUGAACCUUGUGUAAUCUAAGUUGGUUAAUGUUUUGUGUUCAAGUCCUAGAAAAGUUGACCCUAAAAUAUUAAAUUAUUUGGUUGAAAUUUUUGUUUUGGUUCUUCAAAAGGCUAAAAGUGUUGCAGAAAAACUUUGAGAUGAUUUUUUAAAUGCACGUUUUUCGAAAAUUCGCUUUUCUUAUAAGCACCUUCCUAAAUGUUAUCUUUCAGGGUUCUACACUAACCAUCUACGGUUUCCAAGGAAUUCUUCAGUUAUUGAAUGUGAUUUGUUGAUAAUUGUUGUGCUACUAUUGAUGACUCAGUCACGUAAAACAUUCCUGCUGUUAUUUUCUUUGACCUUCUUAUAUUGUAGCCUACACCGUGAAUGUUAGGUCAUAAAUUUUUGAUGUAUUUUUAUUAUGAUUUGAAUUGAGACAUUUGAAUAUAUGUUCGGUAACUUUACGUAUAUGUACCAUAUACGUAUAGUUACCGAAAUACGUUGCC